AUUUGUGGCGCGCUUUUCCGAAGUUUCCCCUCAGUUUGGCUUCCGAGCUCAGUGGGGCUGCUAGAGGGAAAGGCGUUCAGACUCCUGUCUUCGGUUCUCGGACUCCUGCCGUCUUCCAGAGGCGAAAAACGAGCGAGGCCGUCUCCUUCCCUUCGUAGGAGGCAGCUUUGCUCUCCAGGAUCGUAGUCCCGGUGCUCCGAGCAAAGGCUUGAGUACGCGGGUCCUGAGAGGGUUCCUGGCGGAGGGAGGUGGGAAGGAGGACGACCAUAGUUUAAGUGCAAUGCAAAGGGCUUCACGGCUGAAGAGAGAGCUGCAGUUAUUGGCCACAGAGCCACCUCCAGGAAUUACCUGCUGGCAGAAUGAAAAUCACAUAAAUGAUCUUCGAGCCCAAAUACUAGGAUGUACAAAUACCCCAUAUGAAAAAGGAGUUUUUGCCUUGGAAGUAAUUGUUCCUGAAAGGUAUCCAUUUGAACCUCCAAAAAUGCGCUUUCUUACUCCCAUUUACCAUCCCAACAUUGAUUCAGCUGGAAGAAUUUGCCUGGAUGUUCUUAGAUUACCACCCAAGGGUGCUUGGAGGCCAUCCCUGAACAUUGCUACUUUGCUAACUUCCAUCCAGAUUCUCAUGAAUGAACCUAAUCCUGAUGACCCUCUCAUGGCUGAUAUAUCUUCAGAGUAUAAAUACAACAAGCAAGCAUUUCUCAAAAAUGCCAGACAAUGGACAGAAAAAUAUGCAAACCAGACAACAAUGCCUUUAGAAAUCACCAAUGAAGAGAAUCACAAAAGCCAGGCUGGGUUCCCAAAAGAUUCCAGUAUUUCCCAGAAGAGGAAAGGAAGCAAUAUCAGUGGAUUGUCCAAAAAAUGUCGCUUAGGAACAUAAUGAUUUCCUGCUAUAGUAUUUCAGUGGCUGUCACUGUUCAUUCUUAGUCUGAUUUUCCAUCUUUUAAAUAGGCUUAAUGCGAUUGAUGUACUGUUUACUCAUUAUAUAAUGGUAGUCUUACUGUAUCAGUGACAUGAUGUUCAGUGUGGCAUAUGUCUGCUUUUUUAAAAAAAUUAAAUCUUACAUUAUUUCUGUAACAUACUUUAAAUCUUUCUAUAAAGAGUAUGUUCCACUGCACUUUACGUACAUUUAGAAUGAAAGCAAGAAUACAUUAUUACUUGAAUUUGUUAUGACUGAUGUUAUGAAUGGAUUGUAAACAGUUUCUUUUGAUAGUUAAAAGGCUGUGUGGUUUUAUCUUCACUUGCUACAGUAUGAAUAAAUGUAAAAAUGUAUAUAUUUUGCUGUUCUUCAGUUGUUUUGUACGUCAUACUUUAUUUUUGGCAAGCUGUAUAUUAAACUGAACAUUUCAAACUUUCAAGGUGAAUCCAUACAUACACAUACAGUAUUUAAUCUAUAAGCAUAUUUUCAUUAGUAGGAAAAAUUGUUGUAGAAUAGUUGAUUAGAUGGAGAGAGGAACUGUCAGAACCAUAUGAAUGCUUGACAUUUACCUCAUUUGGACUUGGGGAUUUUUCCCACCUGACUUAGUUUUCUUUCUAGCAGAUCUACAGUAUAUUUUUAUGUGAUAUGAAAUUACACUGCAGAAAAGCUUCUGUUAUAAGACUACAUUAGAGAAAUUCCUAUCAUUUCUCAUUUUAUAUAGUUUGGGAAUCUAAAUGUUUAAUUUCAGCUAUAUACCUCUUUUAGAAUCUUCAGAUGUGUAGAUAUAGAUAAGGCACUAGAAGAAUUUUAUCUUAAGUAUCUUUGCAGCUACUUAAUCUUAAGGGGUGUUUCUUAUUAUAUGCUUCCUUUAAAAAAAUCACUGUAGGUAAGUGAAUCUGGCUUUCCCCCAUUGACUUUGCUUGUCGGGAGCCAGUAGGAAGGUUAUAAUUGGUGCUUACAUGACCCUGGGACAGGAUACAUGCCAUUUGCCAAGCACCCAAAUUUUGAUCAUAUGACCAUGGAUAUGCUGCAAUGGUUGUCAGUGUCACAACUAGUCAUAAGUCACUUUUUCAGUGCCAUUGUAACUUUGGUAACCAAAUGAAUGGUUGUAAGUUUAAGACUACCUGUAUUUGUGUAUUGUUUUUUUGUGUUUUAAUUGUUUAAGAUGCCCAGAGUCAUAUGUGAGUUGGGCAGCUAUGUAAAUUGAAUGAAUGAAUAGCUUUACAGCUCUGAGAAUUUUUCUCCCUUUUCCCUAUGAUUUUGUUUGGGGGGGAAAAAAAUCCCAGUGUCUGCUAAAGUCCCAGUGGUGUGCCAUGUGUCUGUAUCAUUUCCCUUGCAGAGAACAAAGACUUUUUUUUAGCAAACAUUAAACUUUGUCUUUCCCCAA